AUGGCCGCUACGCAAGGAUACAUCAGUGGGCAGGAAAUCCCACUAGAUAAUCUGCCCUCAUGGAAAAGAGAACUGAUACUUCGAAAAAGAGCCAAUGCAAGAAUCCACGGAGCAGUGGGUCUGCCUGUUCCCACACCGAUGGCUGGGAUGGGACGAGGCUCGCUGAGUGGCCCAACAUCGUCUACAUCAUCCCCGCUGAGUGGCCCGCAGGAGGCUACAUGCUCGCUGAGUGGCGCGGCUCCCCCCCACCCCCGCUCCAACACAACAACGGCAGUCAGUACUCGUGGUGUGGGUGUGCGGGGAGCUACGUGUGCCGAGGAUGCGUGGAAAGACCGAAAGUAUGCUGUAACGAGUGAUCCUCCAGCCACCACUGUCCAUACCACCAUGCACCACAAGGGCCUGCACGACGAGGGCCCGCGGGUCACCUCGCCUGCGUAUUCCUCCGUCAGUGACUCUUAUGCCACCGAGGACGAGGAGUUGCGGUAUGGCCCCGGUAUUGUGUCCAAGCUCAAGAACCGGUACAUGAGCCUUGCCAUGAGGGAGAGUCGCUCUCGACCCUCCCUUCGUAGGUUCAGCUCCUUGGAGGACCUGCUGGACAGUGAACCACGGGGCCCGGUGGCCGCUAAGCCCCGUGCUGCCCCGGACUCUGGUCCAGCGCACCGGCGGGAGGUGAUGCGGCGGGCGCGCUCCGUGGACUCCCUCAGCAGCAGGCUGGCCGAGGACUCAAGGCGUGUCCGGGCGCCUGCCAUGGCCAAGAGUAAGUCUGCCUCCAGUCACCUCCAGUCUAGUCUGAAUCCUCUCGGAAAGGAAGACGUUAUCAUCAUUGAGACAAGCAGGACUCCCGUCGCUCGGGAACCCCAGGCAGUCAACGGCGCGGCUCAUCGCGCCAUGGAGCCCUCUCGCUCCCGCCAGCGUCAGCUGUCCUCCUCUACCGUAGGAGAGGAAGAGGACCUGCCGCCCCCAGACACUGUGCGUCACGCCAAGAGAAUAUUCGAGUCCUCGGGCGGUAGACCUCCGCGGGGCACAGCGGCCCGGAUUGCUGCCCACAAGGCGGCUCAGUUCUCCAAGUCUAACGGCGUUGCCCCGGCCUCCAAGCCUGCCCUCAAGGCCAAGCCCGCCGUGGUGCCCCCCCGUAAAGUGACGCCCCCCUCUGGCCCCACCCAUCCCGUCACUAUAGAGGAAGCGAAGGUUUCUCUGAAGAAGGUCACGCAGGUGGUGCGGCCCACCCCCAGAUCAACACUGAGUGUGAGGGCCACAGCCCCGAGUGGUGAGGGCACGGCUGGCGGUGUCAGUAAGCAGGAGGCUGCGGCCAAAGAGAGGGUGCCCCUCGGCCUGACCCCCGUCACCGCCUCAGUCACAGCGCCUGUGGUGAACGGUGACCCCGCGCCCAGGCAAGCACGGGGCGAAAGUUGCAGUGCGGGCGAGGUGGAAGAAGGGGUGAGGAGGAUAUCCAGCGCCGCUGUCUCAAAUAUCAGGAGUGAGAGUCAUUCUCAGGAAUUUAACUUUACUGACCGCUCUGUGAGCUCCCCAGCAGCCCCCAAGCCAGCCUCUCCAACACCCUCCCCGCUGCCAGCCUCCCCGAUAGCCUCCCACAGGGUGCCCUCGCAUCCCCCGCUAAGUAGCAAAGUUGAGAGGGUUGAUGAGAGUGAUCGUGUCCACCUAGAAAACCUAAAGAACGUGGAAAAGUCUCGGUCGCCGCCCGUGGAUGUUCAUACCAGCCCUGUUCUCCCUCCCAAGGUGGAGUCGCCUCGACAGCCCUCACUUAACGCUGUCAAGCAGGGCAAAGUGGAGUCUGGCGUCCCAGAUCCCAGAGGAGAGGGGAAGGUCUCUCCUAAGCAAGGUUUCUCUAGGAAAGUGGAAUCCAAACCCGAGGUGCGAUCGGUGGGGGAGGUGGAGCCCGCCAAGCCCAGCCCGCCCCCCGCCGAGGAGCUGGUGAGGGGAGUCGUGGGGAGAGGCGGGCUGGUCGAGGCUUUCAACAAAACACCAGCUGGAGGCAGCCCGGGCGUCCUCGCCCCUACUAAGCCAUCGCCCAAGCGUUGGCACCAGCAGGAAAAUACCACGCUCGUGUUUAACUUCACCAGCAGCAAAAAGGAGACGCCGGACUACAUCGAGAAUGACGGCAUUGACUUGUCCCGGAGACGACCAGAGGGCAAGCUGGACUCUGGCUACGUCAUCAUGCCUGGCUGGGACGGCCGCAUGGACUCCAGCACUGACGGGGAUGACUUCGAUGACGGGCUGGACUACCUCGACAGCCGGCCAGGUGUUCCUCCGGCGCCCUCAGGCAUCGUAUUUGAGGGCGAGGCGGUCAUCAUCAACGGGAGGAGUAACCUGCAGCGGCAACCCAGGACUCGGAAGCUCAAAAUCUCCUUCGACGACACGUUAACCUCCACCUACGAGUACCCGAGUGAGAAUUACCUGCUGGAGGAGGCCGGCCUGCUGCCCCUCGAGCCCACUGAGGGAUCCUCCGCUUCCCAAGGUGGCCUGGCUAGCUACACCCCUAGCAAGAUCCAGAUUGGUAGUACCUUUGAACUGGGAGUGUCCCGGACAGCUCCUACUGUGCAGACUUCACCUCCUGCCCCUCCUCCUCAGACGCAGAAGGCUGAGGAUGAAUAUUUACGGCCAGCUGAUGAAUCUGAGACAGUCACCUGGAGUGCAGAGAGCACAUCAGAUAUGUUAUUUUAGUCUGACCUGCUCUCUUGUGAGUUAUGCUCAAUCAAAGUCCUUGUUAUUGUGCUUCCUGUGUGCGUGUGUGAAUGUGUGUGUCUGUCUGUGUGUGUGUAUGGGUGUGUGCACUUGAAGCAGUCCGGGUCAGCUCCACCACACCCUUCCCAGUCCUGCAUAGUAGGCUGGUAGCAAGGGGGACUUGAGUGUCUGUCUUUAUAUGGCUUCUUUUAUUUGUACAGUGUGUAGGUUUAAGUAUGACAACAUAUUUAGCAUGAAACAAGCAUAGCUUUUGGUUAUUUGGAAAACAUCACGAGUUGUUUGAUUUUACCAGAUUGAUGAUGUCAAGAUAUGUAAAUGUAAAGGACUUGAGCAUCUGAACUUUGAAUGUCAAACAUAACUUUUUAUUUCCUGCCAAAAAAUUAAGUGUGCAUAAUGUGUAUAUUGAACAUAAUAUACAGUACUAUUUUUGUACAUUUGUGAUUCAAUGAGGGAAACAGACAAUGAUGACUUUUGUGUGUAUGAGACACAUGACACUGUGGUAAUAGUUUUAAUCAUGAUUAAGUUCAGUGGUGUUUUAAGAACCAGUGCGAUUCUACCGAAUGAAGAAAUAUUUCACUUCCGCUCUCAUCUAUGUAAGAUAGAUUAAUCUCUUCUCUGGUAAAGCAGCCAAGGUGCUGUAACAUUCCUCCAUUGUUGUGUAAGGUGUAUAAGUUAUUUACAAAUGGGGGACCUUUAAUCCCACACUGAGAUGAACUAGUGGGAAGUUUAGCACUUUGAGCAUAUUGCAUCCUGCAGGGCAUUAAGUGCUACUCCCAGCAUUUUUUAAGUUACUGCAACACAGUUUGUGUUAUGUUGUGUGUCAGCAUAAAAAGGACACUUACAACUGGUGCAUUGGAGCGACUAAUUUUCCUGUUUUGAGGGAGCAAUGCUUGUUGUGAAGGCUUCAAUACUGAAUUGCUUUACUAUAACUUCAUGAGAUAAUUAGGAUGGAAUUGUAAGUAAAAGCUAACUAAGCCCACAUGGAGUUUUGAGUUAGUCUGAAAGAGACUUGUACAAAUAUCUAGCUCUAUAUAUUUUAAUUGUUCACUUAUUAUAAAUUAUCAAAAUGCUGUACAAUAUCUGAAUAAUGGUCUUUUCUAUAUAUGAAAGGUAAUGGGUUAGAUGCAAGAUUUUGGGAUAUUUGAAGUUUUGCCUGAUAAUGAAUUCUUGAACUGCAGUAUGACAAUGGAGUCGAGAUGCAUCAAUAGAGUAUUGUUUUAGUAUUAAUUCAAAUACAGUAACAUUAUCAGAAGGCCACUUAACAGACUACUGUGCUUAUAUAAAGACAGCAUAUAAACCUAGAUCCAUUUAAUAGAUAAUUUUGUAAAGGAACACUUAUCCACAUCUUUUGGUUAGGUUAUGAUUGAUGUUAAGCAUCUACAAGAUGAAAAAUAACAAACCUUUGUCACAUACAGCAUCGGUUUCAUAAUGUGACCAGAAAGACAAGAUGCAUCAUUCCAGUUCACCAAGUGCCAGUGUGCAUCUGGUGCCGAGUGUGUUGUGUGCAGCAUUGGCUGCUUCUCGGGUGCACACUGGAAGGUCCACCCUUUGAGUGAUCUGGUCUACUGUUGGCUUAGAAGGGCAUAACCAGAGUAACUUGGUACUUUGAGCAUUGGCUGUACCUGUCCUGCAUUGAUGUCAUGUUUAUGCUCAACACACACUUUCACUCUCUGUAAUUUAUUUAAAAUUAUAAUAUUUCAUAUGCAACUGCAUGGCUUAUUGAAUGGUUUUAGAUUUGGAGAUGGAAGAAUGGCACUAAAUAUUUUCUGCUACACUUGGCAACACGCAAUGACCAUGCGGCACUGCUGCCCCAAUGUCCCUCAGGUCGCUUCCUGCUGGCCAUGGUCAGGUCACUACAGAGUUUAGGCGCCAACAGCGAGAAGUAGAGCCAAUGCCCAAAGUACCAAGUUAGGUUCCACUAUAGGCAUGAAGUGUUGCAUUUCUGGGUCUCAGUAAAAUAAACAUGCCAUAUUUCCAGUAAUAAUACCCACCAAAGAUCUGAAGUGCAUUGCUUGGCUCCUCACUGGGCCAGGCACACGUUCCAUUACUUCAUACGCACAGAAGAAAUUUUGGCUCCAGUGGACGUUUUCCCAUCUCCAGACAGCUUUACUUGGUGGCGCCCCAGUAUGAUUCACAGUGCUCACCAGUGUCUGGAAAUGAGUAACACUGUGAUGUGCCAUUACCAGUCAUGAGUUAUACCAGACUCACUCCAUCAGUUGUAUGUAAAUAAUGCUUUCCACUUGUGCUAAUAAUGAUGGCUUUUAUUGUAUUAGUGUAAGAAUGAAAUACAAACUCUUGACUGCAAACAUCAAGGCAGUUGUCAGGCAAUUAAUUAUCUUGAUACAUAGGAAGAUGUGUGACUGAUGGGACAAGAAAUUGGAAUUCACUAAUGGAUAGGGAGUGAGGGCUAGUUGAGCGCGUCACAAUGAGGAUAAAGUAUGUGUAAAUAUUAUAUAUAUAUAUAUAUAUAUAUAUAUAUAUAUAUAUAUAUAUUAGGAAUUUAUGCAGUCAAUUAAUCAAUUUAGAAGUUUUCGGUUACUGAAUGAUAUGCCCAUUUCAAUUUUAUUUCUGGAUUGUUUGUGUGCAGUGCAGGGCUGGAUGCCACACAGGAGGAAAAUAAUCAAUUCUUAAAGCAGAACAUUCAAUAACUGAGUUUAAAAAAACACUAGGUUGUAUACUGUUUAAAAGCCAAAAUCAACACAAAUGCUUUAUUUCUUCAGGUUUUGACUAUUGGUAUACUAAUUCUAUCAAAGAUGUCAUUGAUUAAAAUCAAAAUAUUAAAAACCUAGCUAAAUUUUAAUUAAAAUAAUUAAAAAUCAAAAUAUUAAAAACCUAGAUAAAUUUUUGAUAACAUUCUACAUGUCCUAACAAGAACUGACUGCUGGAGUUCAUUAUGUGUACAUAGCUUCACUGGCUCAUUAUGUAAUGAUGUGUAUUUAAAAGAAUAAAUGUAUUGUCAGCUGAAA